AUCUUUUUUUUUAAACUUCGUGUCCAAAGUCAAACUACAUUGCAUGGAGCCGCUCGUAUCCGAUCUGACCGGCCCAUUUUCAACCAACACGGAGGUGCUAGUAUUUUUUAAACAACCACAUCCCUCCUUUUUUUGAACUGUUUGAUGAUAAUAUUGUAUUUUUAAAACAACCGCUCCGAUAUAUUUAAGCAGAAAUCUUGUGUCCUUUAGACAUUAGGUAGUUGCUUCAUUUGGAUUCUUGCAUUUUGUAAUAGUAAAAGAAGCUGAGGAAACUGCUUAAAUUAAUGUUUUUCUCCAUAGGAUUCUGAAUUACUCACUUCCUUGCAUUCCAUUUUUGUGAUAAAAGGCAUAAGAAAAAGGUCAGCUAUCACCUGAGUUUUUUUGCACAAAUUUUGACUCUGCUAUUUGAAAGCAGCCUAAUAUAAAAGAAGUAGCUUUUGGCUGUAGUUCACUGUCAUUUGAAUUGUACAUUUUUUUCAGAAAUCAUGUGCAAGAACAGUUCAUUCAUAUUAUAGCAUAUGAUAAAAUUUGGACCACGAUUGAGUAGUUGAGUUUCAGCUUCUGUCAAGUCUUUUGGAUUCAGUAGAACAUGUCCAAAAAAAGAAGUCUUUUUCCUGAAUUAUUGGUGCUGUUUUGCUGCUAAAUUUGGAAUUCUUUUUUUGCAUAGAUUUCACAAAGUGAUCUUCUUUAUGUACUUCAAUUUGUCUCAGAAUCUUGACCACAACCUCUUCUCUCACCAGAAAAAAAGGAUAAAACUUAUAGAACAAAGGUUCAAUCUUUUUCCUUUUUACCUUGAGUUUCUUGAGAAAUUCCUAGGCUUAAGUUGUUAAAAAGGGACUUAUCAGUUGUCUCUGGAGGGUCUCUUCUUGAAAUGUCAGCAAUAAUGCAUGUAAAGUUUUGUUCUUGAAAGUUUAAAAGGCAAAGGUUUGGAAACUGUUCUGGGGCAAUGAGUACUAGGGAAGUGAAGAAAAAGGAAAAGAAGCAGGAGGAUAAGAGUUGUAAUGUUGCUGAGAAAGUUAUGGUGGCUGUUAAGGCAUCAAAAGAGAUACCUAAGACUGCUCUUUUGUGGGCUUUGACUCAUGUUGUUCAACCUGGAGAUUGCAUUACACUUGUUGUGGUUGUACCUUCACAAAGUUCUGGUAGAAAGCUGUGGGGUUUCCCCAGGUUUGCUGGAGAUUGUGCCAAUGGUCACAGGAAGUCAAAUUCUGGAAAUAGUACUGAGCGAACGUUAGACUUAACAGAUUCCUACUCUCAGAUGAUCCUUCAGCUCCAAGAUGUCUAUGAUCCUACUAAGAUAAACGUGAAGAUUAAAAUUGUUUCUGGUUCACCACAUGGAGCUGUGGCUGCUGAGGCAAAGAGGACUAAAGCUAAUUGGGUUGUUUUGGACAAACAUCUCAAACAUGAGAAGAAAUGCUGUAUGCAAGAGCUGCAGUGCAAUAUCGUAGUAAUGAAGCGAUCUCAACCAAAAGUUCUCCGCCUAAAUUUAGUUGGUUCACCUAAAAAGGAACCUGAUGUUGGAGGCUCAUUACCUUCAGAGCAAGCUCAAUCUUGCGGAAAAGAAGUAGAAAAAAACAAUUCAUUGGAUUCUUGUAGAGGUCCACUAGUCACACCAACAAGUAGUCCAGAGAUGUUUAGUGCUACUGAAGCCGGUACUUCAUCAGUUUCAAGUUCUGAUCCUGGAACUUCACCAUUCUUGAUCACUGAAGUAAAUAGAGAUUUGCACAAAGCAGAGUUGUUAGCCUUAAAGGAAGAUCAAGAUGUAGAUGAUUCAAGUUCAGAGAGUGAGAGUGAAAGUCUAGCUUCUUCAAGUUCAAGAUUCCAAUCGUCGAUAGUGGACAGUGUCGAUUCACAUAGUCAACUCUCUCAACUCCAGGGAAGCUCACUUAGAUCUUUUGACAGGUCUCAAAUAUCUACAACCAAGUCAUUGCUGGAGAAGUUGACUAAGCUUGAUAUAGAAGGUGGUAGUGGAUCACCGAGUCCAUUAACCAGAAGUGCACCUCUUGGCGCCCCUCCCUUGUGUUCAAUAUGCCAACACAAGGCACCUGUAUUUGGGAAACCUCCGAGGUGGUUCACUUAUACUGAACUGGAGCUUGCAACAGGAGGAUUUUCACAAGCCAAUUUCUUGGCCGAGGGAGGAUAUGGAUCUGUUCACAGAGGAGUCCUUCCAGACGGUCAAGUUGUUGCUGUCAAGCAACAUAAAUUGGCAAGUUCUCAAGGAGAUCAAGAAUUUUGCUCGGAAGUUGAAGUGCUCAGCUGUGCUCAGCACCGUAAUGUUGUCAUGUUGAUAGGAUUCUGCAUUGAGGACAGGAGAAGAUUGCUAGUAUAUGAAUAUAUAUGCAAUGGUUCUUUAGAUUCUCAUCUAUAUGGACAUAAUAGGGACCCUUUGGAGUGGUCUGCACGUCAAAAGAUUGCUGUUGGAGCUGCACGUGGUUUGCGAUAUCUUCAUGAAGAGUGCAGAGUGGGAUGCAUUGUCCACCGGGACAUGAGACCCAACAACAUUCUCAUCACACAUGACUUUGAACCAUUAGUGGGAGACUUUGGUUUAGCUAGAUGGCAACCGGAUGGUGAUACAGGUGUUGAAACAAGAGUACUCGGAACGUUUGGGUACUUGGCUCCCGAGUAUACUCAAAGUGGCCAGAUUACUGAAAAAGCUGAUGUUUACUCACUUGGAGUGGUGCUCAUAGAACUUGUAACUGGUCGAAAAGCAGUGGAUAUUACCAGGCCUAAGGGCCAGCAAUGUCUCACAGAAUGGGCACGUCCCUUGUUGGAAGAAUGUGCAAUCGAUGGGCUAAUAGAUCCCCGACUAGGAAACAGCUACUCAGAGCACAAGGUGUGUUGCAUGUUGCAUGCUGCAUCUUUGUGCAUACGACGAGAUCCUCAGGCUAGGCCUCGCAUGUCUCAGGUACUUAGAAUUCUUGAAGGUGACCUGAUUAUGGAAUCUGGUCAAUUGUCUACUACACCUAGGUAUGAUGUGGGAAGCCAAAGUGGAAGGAUUUUGUCUGAUCACCACAUACAGUAUCAAAGGUACAGUGGCUCCAUACUAAAUGAUGGAUUGGAGGGAUUAAGUCCAAAGCUAUCAUUUGACAAAAGGAGCCCUUCCAUUAUUUGGGAUAGGGAUAAUCAUAGGACUGCAUUUUCAGGCCAUCUAUAAAUGCUUGGUACUGACUCUUGUUAACAAACGUAUAUUUGCUGCUUUAGCAGCAGAUCAAGCCACUGUAUAGAAGUGAGGCAUAUUAGUGUAAGUUUUGCAUUGAGACCUGUCUUACUUCUCAACGAAACGUUAGGUUUUUGAGGCAUUGGAUUCUCACUAAUGUUUGCAGUUCCGCUUAGUCCACCAUAGGCUCCUUCACUAGGAUCAACAGUGGUCAUUGUUUUUUCUUCCUUUUGUGGCUCGAACCAAACCUUAUGGUCAAAAGUGGAGCGGUGGUUCUACCAGUAGAGCAAUCCUCACUCGUCUGUGAUUGUUUAGAGACAACAUACUUACAUUUGUACAAACGCCAAGCUUACCAAAAAAUAUUCUCGCGCCCUAAUUGCUAAA